AUGCCAAUGGUGCCAUCAUGGAAGUUCCCAAGUUUCUUUGUUGUUUUGUUCACUUUCUUGUCUUAUUCUUUCUCUUCUAUAUUCACCAUAUCCAAUAACUGCCCUUAUACUAUAUGGCCUGGUACACUCUCCGGUUCUGGCUCACCGCCGCUUCCGACGACCGGAUUUCGACUGGACCCGGGCCAGAUGAUCAAACUCACUAGUGUUCCAGGGUGGUCAGGAAGGAUUUGGGCUAGAACUGGCUGCACAUUUGAUGCAACAGGAAUUGGCAAGUGUCAAACAGGUGAUUGUGGUGGACGAUUGGAAUGUGAUGGAAAUGGUGCUGCUCCUCCUACCUCAUUGUUUGAGAUAACACUUGGUAAAGGCAAUGAACAAGACUUCUAUGAUGUCAGCAUGGUGGAUGGCUACAAUUUACCAUUGCUUGUUCAACCACGAGGUGUGUAUGGCACUGGGGUCUGUAAUGCCACAGGUUGUGUCACAGACAUCAACAGAGGUUGUCCAAAAGAACUUCAAGUAGUGGGUGGAGAUGCAUACCAAGGUGGUGUAGUUGGGUGUAAGAGUGCUUGUGAGGCAUUUGGAUCGGAUCAGUACUGCUGCAGUGGAGAAUUUGCCAAUCCAAGUACAUGCCAGCCAUCAUAUUAUUCUACCCUCUUCAAACAGGCUUGUCCAAAAGCUUAUAGCUAUGCAUUUGAUGAUGCCACCAGCACUUUCAUUUGCAAAGCAUUUGAAUAUGACAUUGUUUUUUGUCCCAACAGCAACAGGGCUAAAAAACCAAAUGGUUCAUUUUCUCCUCCUCUACCACCAUCAAUUGGAUGGCCUGAUCAGAAGGUUCAGCAGCAGGUCCAUUCUUCUUCAGAUAUUCUCUUGCCCUUUCCAGUGACAUUCUUUCUCUUUGUUGCUACUCUCUCUGUGCUUGCAGCAAAGUCUCAGAAACUGAUAUGA